AUGGCUUCACGGUUGUGUUCCUCGUGCAACGAGAAGCGAGCACAGAUCCUGCGACCCAAGAACCACCACCGACUAUGUGCAACCUGCUUCACCGCCGUAUUCGAGAAAGAAGUCGCUGAAGCCGUCGAGUCAACAAACCUGUUCUACCCUGGAGAGCGCGUGGCUAUCGGUGCUAGCGGAGGAAAAGAUUCAUGUGUGCUGGCUGCAGUACUCAAGACACUGAAUGAGAGGCGCAACUGGGGACUGGACCUGGUCUUGCUGUCGGUGGACGAGGGCAUCAAAGGAUACCGCGAUCACAGUCUGGAUGCUGUCAGGCGCAAUGCAGACUUCUUGCAGCUGCCCCUGAAGAUUGUCAGUUAUGAGGAACUCUACGGCUGGAGCAUGGAUCAGGUGGUGGCGCAAAUCGGAAAGAAGGGCAACUGCACAUACUGUGGUGUCUUCCGCAGACAGGCACUUGACAGAGGAGCUGCACAACUAGGUGUCAAGCACGUUGUCACUGGACACAACGCCGACGACGUGGCCGAGACUGUCCUGAUGAAUUUGCUGCGCGGCGAUCUGCCACGUCUAAGCAGAUCUACGAGCAUCGUCACUGACAACAAGGCUGGUGACACUUCAGGCUCAGAGUCCAAGACCGAGAACGGGGAGGUCGAAAUCACGAACGUCAAGCGAUCCAAGCCUCUGAUGUAUGCCUACGAGAAGGAGAUCGUCCUCUACGCCCACCACAACAAGCUCGACUACUUCUCGACCGAAUGUCUUUACUCGCCAGAAGCCUUCCGCGGAAGUGCACGAACACUAAUCAAGAACCUCGAACGUAUCCGACCUGAGAGUAUCCUCGAUGUUGUACGAAGUGGAAUCGACAUGGCCAUGUUGGUACCAGACGCAGACGGCCGUUGUAAGGGAGCAUGCGGGUCCAGCAAGGCAAAGGCACAACCCGGAACAGUCAGCAUGCGUCCAGACGAGGAAGACGAUGGAAACGGUGGUUGCGGCAGCGGCAAUGGAAGAGGUACCGGAGGCGAGAUGGGUGAUAUGGAGAAAGAGCUACAAGAAAAUGAAAGAGCGCAAGAGGACGGAGCAGAAGUUGAGAUCAAGCUGCCGAGCAAGAAGCAAAACACGGUACCGCUACGACCCAAGAAGACCAAAGGACCAACUCCCCCUGCAAAUGCGAAGCAGACACUUGGAAAGUGCGACCGUUGUGGUUACAUGUCUUCGCAGGCCAUCUGCAAAGCUUGCAUGCUGCUCGAAGGCUUGAACAAGAACAGACCCAAGACUGCCAUCACUGUUGACGGCUGA